AAAAUCGUUCGAAACAGUUGCGAUUGCAACGUCGUUGUGACGACGACAACGACGACGGGACGUCCUUGCCUCAAUCAUCAUACACAAAGGGAUACCAAAAACUACAGCAAAUAAAUAACAAAAAAAGAUAGAUAAAUAUAUAAAUAAAUAAAUAUCUCUUUUAAAUAAUUAAAAUGUUAGCAUAGCUAAAACUAAAUUACGCAUACGUCGAGUAGUGCAAAAAAAAACACCUAAAAAGGAAAAUAUAACUGUGAUAAAUAUUAAUUUCUUCGUUUGAUAUUCUUUGUCCAAGACAAAAAAGAAAAAGAAAAAAAUUAAACAUGUCUGUGCCCAUGCUCUUGACACCGAUGGAAACCCAGACGGCCGAGGAGCACAUGCAAAAUUGUGCCGCAUUUGUGGAUGCAGCCAGUUUUGGCACUGGCAAUGAGCUGCUUGAAGCAGCCGCAUCGAUUAACUGUAAGCCGACGCUGAGGCAGUUCAAUGUGCGUCUGCAGGAGCCACUGCAGCCGGAGGAGCAACUGGCCCUGACCGGUGACGCCAAAGCGUUGGGCGAGUGGCAGCUGUUGCGUUGUGUGCCCCUCGAGCGCAUCGAUGACUUCAAUUGGCAGACAACGGUCCGGUUGCAAUCGUGCCGCCAACUGGAAUACCGUUACUUUGUCUAUGUGGAGAAUGCGGCGGGCCAAAAGCAAAUCAGACGCUGGGAGACCCAUUUCAAGCCUCGUCAGCUGCAAUCCUGCUCCGAGCAGCAACAAUGCCACUCUCCCCUGGAUAUCUUUGGCCUGGCCAAUGGAGGGGAUGAGCCAACGACUCAGGUGCAUCGUGGCUGGCUGAAUCACGAGACGAUCAUUCAGCUCAAGUUCAAUGGCGAGAAAAUGUUUCAGGUGCACGACAUUGAGACCUUUGAUCCGCAACAUGUCCAGCUGAAGAUUGUGCCCGUGGAGCAGGCAGCGGGUCUUGUCGUUGAGUACAGCAAACAGUUGUAUGGCCAGAGUCAGCUCCAGUUGCAGCCGGCCCAUGGAGUUCCAUACACCAAGGGUGACAUAGUCAUCUUUCAUGUUACGCUGCCGUUGGAGCGCAUGAUGCUGCAGUCGUUCCGCUUGGAAUGCUACAGUCAGACCACACAGGAGCUGCUGGGCAGUGCCACGCUGACAGCUUCCCAGUUGACGGGCAGCGAGGGAUUGCUGCAACUGCACAUCAAAUCCGCACGCGAUGCGGAACAGACGCUGGCCCGGCUCAGGUUGCCGUAUGUCCUGGUGCAGCCAUAUCAAUACUCGCCGCUGGACUUUAAAACUACCUAUGCACACUAUUGGCCACGCAGCUGGCCCAAUCUGGAUGUGGGUCAUCGGGGCAAUGGCAAGAGUUACAUUGCCGAGGCGCCGCAGGAACGGGAGAAUACAAUUGCCUCGUUUCUGAGUGCACACGCCCAUCACGCGGAUAUGGUGGAGUUGGAUGUGCAUCUCACAGCCGAUGGCAUACCUGUUAUCUAUCAUGAUUUUGGGCUGCGCACAGCGCCGCCUGGCAAACAGAUUGAGAAGCCGGAUCAGCUGGAAUACGUGCUGAUUAAGGACAUCAACUAUGAGUUGUUGAAGCGUUUGCGCAUCUUCUCUGUGAUCAAUGGCAAGGUGCUGGAAUAUCCGGCACACAAUGCCGAGCCUCGUCACGAGCAUCGCAUCUUUCCACGGCUGGUGGAGGUGCUGCAGCAGCUGCCCAAAUCCCUGGGCAUCGAUGUGGAGAUCAAGUGGCCACAGCGUCGUCAAGGCGGUGGCCACGAGGCGGAACAGACGAUCGAUAAGAAUUUCUUUGCGGAUCGUGUGCUGCACGAGGUCAUCCAGUAUGGCUGUGGCCGGCCCCUGAUCUUCUCCAGCUUCGAUGCCGACAUGUGCACCAUGCUGCGCUUCAAGCAGAACAUCUUCCCCGUCAUGUUCCUCACCCAGGGCGAGACGAAGAAGUGGCAGCCAUUCAGUGAUCUGCGCACUCGCAAUUUCCAGGCCGCCGUCAACAAUGCCCAGGCCUUUGAGCUGGCGGGUACAGCGCCCCAUGCCGAGGAUUUCCUGGGGGAGAAUGCCGCCCAGCUGCUGCAGCAGGCGAGGGAUCAGGGACAGAUUGCCGUCAUCUGGGGUGAUGAUUGCAAUUCGCGGGAACGUGUCAAGUAUUUCACGGAGAUCGGAGCCACAGCCACCUGCUAUGAUCGCAGUGAUCUCUAUAUGCCGGAGACCAAGCAGCGGUCCUUCUUCAAUUCCAGUGCGCUUCUCGCCGAAUUCGAGGCUCAAUGCCGAAUCUAAAGGCGACGGGUGAAAGAGUGAGCUGUGAGGGGCGGGUAGUCGUAGUCGUAGUCGUAGCAAAGUUCAAAGGAGAAACCAUAAAUAUAAUUUUUAACUAUUAACCACAAAUUGUAAAUAAAACAUUUCCCUUUAAUAUUGUACGUAGUAAAUACUAGUUCCACACAAUUUCCAAAAUGUGAACGAAAUAUGUUAAUGAUUUUAAAAUUGUAAAAUCUUUUUAUAUUUUUAUCGUAUGUAAAUAUUUAUUAUAACUAUGCAUAAAUGUUACAUAAAACCAACUUUUGCCCAGAAGAGUUUCGCUGGCGAGCUCAGGUGGAAUAUAUUUUUAAUGUGGAGCAAUUCUUUAAUUUAAUAUUCAGUUACUCAGUCUUGAAAAUUGCUCUUGACCAAUUUCAAAUAUUUAUUGCUUGAACUAUAUAUAUAAAUAUAUAUUGAUUUUUGCUCUGUUUUUGAUAUAAGAAAACAAAUAAGAAACACAAUAAUUCAGAGAAAAUAUUUUUGAUAAAAAGAACAACUCAAGUUAAGCAGCUACCAAAAAAAAGAAGAAAACAAAACAAAACAAACGAAUCGUUAAAGUUGUUAUGUACACAGCCUGAGGGG